GCAGGCAGGCUACUCUUAGAGGGAGGCAGGCCAGGACCAGGCAGCCCAGCAGCUCCUUCCUUGCUUCCUUCCUUCUCCCUGCAUCGAGAGCCCCACCAUGGUGAAGAUCGUGAGCGUCAAGACCCAAGCCUACCCGGACCAGAAGCCUGGCACCAGCGGGCUCCGCAAGAGGGUCAAGGUCUUCCAGGGCAAUGCCCACUACGCCGAGAACUUCAUCCAGAGCAUCCUGCUCUCGGCCACCGAGCCUGGGCAGAGGCAGGAGGCCACGCUGGUGGUCGGAGGAGAUGGGCGCUUCUACAUGAAGGAGGCCAUCCAGCUCAUCAUCCGCAUCGCUGCCGCCAACGGGAUUGGUCGUUUAGUAAUUGGACAGAAUGGAAUUCUUUCUACCCCAGCUGUCUCCUGCAUUAUUAGAAAAAUAAAAGCGAUUGGUGGUAUCAUUUUGACAGCAAGUCACAACCCUGGUGGACCCAAUGGAGAUUUUGGUAUUAAAUACAACAUUUCAAAUGGAGGGCCUGCUCCUGAAGGUAUUACUGACAAAAUUUUCCAGAUUAGCAAAACUAUUGAAGAGUAUGCUAUAUGCCCAGAUUUAAAUGUAGACCUCAGUACCAUUGGAAAGCAGCAGUUUGACUUAGAAAACAAGUUUAAACCAUUUACAGUUGAAAUUGUGGACUCGGUAGAAGCUUAUGCCAACAUGUUGAGAAAUAUUUUUGAUUUUAGUGCACUAAAGGAGUUACUCUCAGGUCAAAACCACCUAAAGAUUCGGAUAGAUGCUAUGCAUGGAGUUGUUGGGCCUUAUGUGAAAAAGAUCCUCUGUGAAGAGCUUGGGGCCCCAGCAAAUUCAGCUGUGAAUUGUGUACCUCUUGAGGACUUUGGUGGUCAUCAUCCUGAUCCAAACUUGACAUAUGCUGCUGAUCUUGUCCAGAGUAUGAAGACAGGAGAAUAUGAUUUUGGAGCAGCCUUUGAUGGAGAUGGGGAUCGCAACAUGAUUCUUGGAAAACAUGGAUUCUUUGUGAAUCCCUCAGAUUCUGUAGCUGUUAUUGCUGCAAAUAUUUUUAGUAUUCCUUACUUUCAACAAACAGGUGUUCGAGGGUUUGCCCGAAGUAUGCCUACAAGUGGCGCAAUUGACAGGGUAGCCAAAGAGACAAAGAUUGCAUUAUAUGAAACUCCAACAGGUUGGAAGUUCUUUGGAAAUCUCAUGGAUGCAAACAAACUUUCUUUGUGUGGAGAGGAGAGUUUUGGUACUGGAUCUGAUCACAUCCGUGAAAAAGAUGGACUCUGGGCUGUAUUGGCAUGGCUCUCAAUCAUAGCAACCCGCAAACAGAGUGUGGAGGAGAUCCUGAAAGACCAUUGGCAAAAAUUUGGGAGGAACUUCUUCACAAGAUAUGACUAUGAAGAGGUGGAUGCUGAUGGUGCUAACAAGAUGAUGAAAGAUCUAGAGACAAUGUUCUUUGACCGUUCUUUUGUGGGAAAGAAGCUAUCGGCAGGUGAUAAAUCAUACACUGUGGAGAAAGCAGAUAACUUUGAAUACAGUGAUCCUGUAGAUGGAAGCAUCUCAAGGAAUCAGGGUCUGAGGCUCAUCUUUGCUGAUGGUUCUCGUAUCAUCUUCCGAUUAAGUGGCACAGGAAGUGCUGGAGCAACAGUGCGACUGUAUAUUGAUAGCUAUGAAAAAGAUGCACCCAAAAUAUAUGAAGACCCUCAGGUCAUGUUGGCUCCUCUCAUCUCCAUUGCUUUGAAGCUUUCGCAGCUUCAUGAGAGAACUGGUCGCACUGGCCCCACUGUCAUUACUUAAAUACAGAACUUGAAGCCAUUUGAAAAUUUGUUGUCAAGCAACUAGCCACUGAUUCAGCUAGCCUUUCUUCCUAUUACUAGUUUUAAUCCCUAAAAAUGCUAAAAGCACCAUCGAGUAAUAAAAGAAUAGAUAUAUUUUAAAGUGUUUACACUAUGUGUAUGCAUAUAUACAUUGUCUCGCUAAUGUCAUCUUGUUACCUAUCUAAUUUGUUCAUAGUACUUAUUUAAUAUAUUUUGCCUUUUGGUUUUGCAGUUCUGAAAUAAUGUUACUCUUUUCCAAGAGUUUCUCUGUACUGCUUCUGCACAAAGGCAUUUUUAGAAGGGCAAUGGAUAGGUUUCUUUGUAAGCUUUGUGCCACAAAUGUACAAUCACUGUGAAUAAUGGUGUUUCCCUGAUCACUGUGGAAUGUCUCUAUCAGUUGGACUCUAUGCCAUAAUGUCUGUACAAAGACCCCACUGCCACUCUUGCACCGAAUUCACCCCAAACACAAGCAUUACAAAAUAAUAAAAUGAAAUGAAACAGUA